AGAGGAAGUUGACAAAGUGUGACAACAGCUCGGUACAACAUGUGGUGGAGAUUUUGCAGCUUGCUGGCCUGGUUCCCCUUACAAGAAGCCUUUCUGACUAACCACACAGAAACAGUCACCGUGGAGGAAGGCCAGACGCUCAUUCUGAAGUGUGUUGUUUCUCAGGGGAAGACCACCUCCCUGCAGUGGCUGGCCCCCUCAGGGUUCACCAUUUUUUUAAAUGAGCAUCCUGCUUUAAAAAAUCCCAAAUACCAGCUUCUUCAUCACUCCACCAAUCAGCUUUCCGUCAGCGUGCUGAAUGUCACCCAGCGAGAUGAAGGCGUGUACAAGUGUUUACAUUACAGCAACUCCGUGAGAACAAAGGAAGUAAAAGUGAUCGUGUUAGCAACACCGUCCAUACCAACCCUGGAAGCUUCAGUUAUCAGAACGCAAGACGGAAAAGAACACGUUACCCUUAAAUGCUCCACCGUGAGAAGUAAGCCACCUCCGCAGAUAACCUGGAUUAUAGGGAAUGACAUAGAACUCAAUGGUGAGACCCACCAUGAAUUUGAAACUGAUAGGAAGAAAUGUAACAGCAGCAGCAUCCUCAGAGUCCACAGAUACAGCAGAAACUCAACAGUGGACUGUGUGAUCCGACACAAAGGCCUACAAGGAGGAAAACUGGUAGCACCUUUCCGAUUUGAAGACUUGGUUACUGAUCACGAGCCGGCUUCAGAUGCCCCGGAGAAAAGAUCCCCGUCCUCACAGGACCCUCAGCAGCCCACUAGUACUGUUGCAGUAAUGGAAGAUUCCAGUAUAACAGAGAGUGACAAGGAAGAGAAAGAACAACCCGCUGAAGACCGUGCCUUGGCCACUGAAGCCAGUCUUCAGUACGUGGGGGUGAUGCGGAGGAAAAACGGCAUCCUGCUGCUCACCCUUGUGUCCUUCCUCAUCUUCAUACUCUUCAUCAUUGUGCAGCUCUUCAUAAUGAAGCUCCGGAAAGCGCACGUGGUGUGGAAGAGAGAAAACGAAAUCUCAGAGCACACUCUAGAAAGUUACAGAUCAAGGUCAAAUAAUGAAGAAACAUCAUCCCAAGAGAAAAAGUGCCAAGGUUUCCACUCUAAGAGCUACAUGAACUACAUCACACAGUUGUACUCAGAAGCAAAAACAAAGAGGAAGGAAAAUGCACAAAAUUCAAAAUUGAAAGAAGAGCCCACUCAUAUACCAGAGACCAUUGUGUAGUGCUCCCUGCAAUAGAAAAUAUGAUUUUGGGGGGCGACCGCAUCAUCACAGUGGAGCAGCCUAUGGGAAGGUGCAUAAUUACUGUCACAUGAAAAAUAGACUUUGAGUGUGAUGCAAGACAGUGUCUUCCUAUAGAGAUCUGCUUCUGGGGUGAGAGCCACGAAAUGAGGACUGGACCAUGGACACAAAAGCUUCGUAGUUUAAAAAAGAGAAAAGAGAAGAAAAGAAAAGAAGAGAAAGAAAACAGAAGAACCAUUACGCCUGACACUACUCAGAGCAGGAACAUUCUCCAAAGCCUUGGAGAUCAGGGAACAUCCUACCCCGAAGGGAGGAGGAGGCCCGGUUGAGAAUCACAACAUUUAAUUUUAGUCUAUUUCAGUUUGGAACUGUUCCUCAGUCUUUCCUGCACAUUCAGGACAUUGGGAUAGCCUUGAAGAUUGCAACCCAGUGAUUUUGUCAACUCUCCCACAGUUGGCCUUUGUCUGAUCGUUUCUUCAGGGUUAGAUUCAGGUUACAAAACUCUGACGGGACUGUCACAGAACUGAUGUUUUGGCUACCCCUUUGGGUUUUAUUUUCCCCUUCACUGAUGUUCACUUUGAUCCCUUGAUUAAGGGGCUGUCUGCCAGUCUUCCCCACUGCGAAGUUCCUCUUUCCUCCUUUAUAAGCUGGUAUUUUGUGCAGAGAUGCUUUAAAAACAUGCAGAUCUCCUGUUCCUCAUCAAACUUCCAAGUUACUCCUUUAUUUCUAUCUGUAUGGACUCACAGUUUCCUGUUACUCAAUGAGUUACAAUCUGUUACUGUGUCAGCUCACUCAUUGGGUUAUAAUCUGUUACUAAUCUCUCGCUAAUGGGGUGAUCAAAUGGCAGAAACAGGCUUUUGUGCCCUUCUUAUCCUUAAUCUUUGAGCACUUUCUUCCUUUCUGGUACAAAAUAUCCCAGGCUCCUCUUCCUGCCCCAGCCCUGUAAUGAGCCAUUUCUCCAAGGAUCCCUGGUUCUUUUUAGUGGAAAAUGACAUUUAGAAGCCAAAACCCAGGAGCUAUGUGUGUGCAUUGCUUUUGGGGUAUCACUGGCCUCAAGUCAUCUUAAUAGUCAGAGCUAGGGGAUGUAUCACAAAGUGUGCAUAUACUUGACCCUUGAACAACUUGGGUUUGAACUGCUGAGUCCACUUAUACACAGUUUUUGCUUUUAAGAAUUGACAGCAAACGCCACAGGGUAUUCUUCACAACGGCCUGUCCCAGUCUCCAAAUUGAAGGCAACCGGUGUAAAGGUCACACCUUCUGCCCUGAGAGUAUCCCGGAUGACUCACAGAGGCCCUCAGCAGCCCCCUGAAACCCUGGAUCCCUCCCCUUCAAGUCCUCCAUGAGUUGGGUUCCCUGCUGGUGUUAGGGUGGCCUCCCAGGUAGGGCACGAACCCCUCCCCAUGCAGCAACCUAACCCCGUCACCAUCAGGAGGCUGGCGGGCUCAGAUGUGGUCACAGCUGCCCAUCACCAUGGGCAAUGUUGCCCCUGCAGGCAGAGGGGGACAGCUGUCCUGUACCCCCAGGUUGUUGCCACUGCCCACGGCCCACGGCCCACCAGGCUGCAAAACACCACCAUCCAGGGGCCAGGCCAUCACUGCCACCACCUCUGUCCUGGCCCAGCCUCCCUGCAGGUGGAUUGUUUUUUCAAUAAAUAUAUGUUCAGUACUGUAAGUGUA